AAUAAAACUUUCGAACUAAUCUCAUAAUAAACCAGGCUUCCGUGUUAGAUGCAUUACGAAGAUUGUGCGUCACGGUUAGAUAAGCUACCGACAUGGACAUUCAAAAACAAAGGAACGUUACGCAGAGGUCAACGUUUGUGCAGAUACUUCUUGGAUUAAUCGUAAAUUUCUCGAGUUUGUCGCCCAGCAUGAGCUUGGGGUUUUCCGCCGUUGCUCUUCCUUACCUCUUGGACGCCAGCAACCCUCACCGCCUCACGGAGGACGAAGCGUCCUGGUUCGCCUCUUUAGCUAGCAUCGCUUCCGUAGCGGCUCCGCUGGGUUGCUUCCUGUCGGGGCCGAUCUCGGAUAGAUUUGGUCGCAAGCCGGCAAUACAGAGCGUUAAUGUCUUUUGUCUUUUGGGAUGGACCGCCAUCACCUUCGCCUACUAUUCGCCAGGUCACCAGUACCGUCUUCUGCUAGUUGGAAGAUUUUUCACCGGACUUUCUACGGGCUUAUCCAGCAUGCCGGCUACAGUGUACAUGGCGGAAAUAUCCACAGCAAAACUGAGAGGAAUGCUCAUCACUUGGAACGCUCUUUGUUUCUCACUUGGUGUCGUCGUAAUUUACAUACUCGGAUGGACAAUGACGAGUAACUGGGGAAUGAUCGCGGCGUUAUCUGGGGCGUUUCCAUGCGCGAACGUAGUUAUGGUGAUGAUCUACAUGGUCGAGUCGCCAUCUUGGUUGAUCACGAAGAAUCGGCACGAGGACGCCAAAGCCAGUCUCCUUCGCUUAUUCAACUCGAAAAGCCACCCUCUGGAAAUACGCGAAGAAAUUGAAACUUUAACCUGCGACACGCGAAGAACAAAAGCUGACCACCAGUUGAGAUAUUUUGCUGAACCUGCGAUUUAUAGACCGUUUAUUUUAAUGUCGGCGUUUUUUGUAUUUCAACAGGUGUCUGGCACUUUCGUGAUCGUCUUCUACGCAAUCGACAUAGUAAAUGAAGCACAAAUAAGUAUAGACCCGUAUUUAGCCAUUGUCAUAAUCGCUGCCACACGGAGCGUAGCUUCUGUAAUCGUAAGCGUCGCAAGCCGACGACUUGGACGCCGCCCCCUCUCCAUCACUUCUGGGGUCGGCAUGACUCUGUGCAUGGUGAUGCUUUCCGCUUACGUAGCCUGCGUUCAGCGGAAAAUAAUCGACCACCACGACUGGCUGCCACUAACCCUGCUAAUGGCUUACUUCUUCACCGCAACCUUAGGCUUUCUCACCAUCCCCUUCGCCAUGUCCGCCGAGGUAUUUCCAUCCACAAUUCGAGGACUCGCAACCGGAAUGGUGUCGAGUAUGGGAUACAUCUGCUGUUUCGUAAUGGUGAAAAUCUACCCCGACAUGCUAAGCGUAAUGGGAAUCUACCCCCUGUUUAUUUUUUACGCCGCAAUGUCCGCGAUCGGAACAAUCUUCGUGAUGCUAUGCUUACCCGAAACGAAAGGAAGAACGCUAUCAGAAAUAGAGAGCUAUUUCAGUGUCCAAAAGCCAGGCACGGAACUCGUCGCCCUAGCAUAACUUGCACCGACUCCUAGUUCAAAAUAUCAAAGACUGCCACAUAUUUUUGUAUUAAUUUAUUUAUUGCCGCCAACGGCACAAUAUACGUAAUUAUAUUUUUAUUAAAAAACACACAACCAAA